CUGUGUCGCUAGGUGGCAGGGCUAAUCGUCGCAAAAUGGAGGAUGGAGGUUUCAUUUCUUCGAUUUUUCGAUAAAAAUGACCAGAAUGUCAACUUCUUGUGCUACCCUUCACCCAUCGAUCAUGAUUGAGUCUAAGUAAUGCCAAGCCUAAAGAUGAUGAUCCCACGACGGAAGAAGACCCUCUGCUACGGAUGUUUUGUCAUAAUAGGCAUUUAUGCCAUCUGCCAGUUGGCCUAUAUUUACGAUGAUGGGAGUUAUACCCCACUACGCCCUCUAUAUGAUGCCAAGAAUGAAGCGAGUCGUCUCCUCAAGUUUAUCAUGUCGUAUCAUUACCAAUGUAACAUGUCAAUGCAGAUUGGUAACCGGUCUUAUUGGCCGAUUUGUAUCGAGCCGGAGGUAGGACUGAAUCUUGAUUCGAAGGACAGGAAACUUGCUUAUUCUAUUGGGCCAAACUUGGAUUUCCUAUUUGAAAAAAAUUUAGUGCAGAACUUCAGUUUUAAUCUUGUUAUUAUUAAUCACGAGCCCAUACCUUACCACAUCAGAAACUGGAACAACACGAAGUUCAUGAAAAUAAAUGUUGUCUCGAAUGAUUAUGCAGACUUUGCUCGGAACUCUUACGGUCAGACAACGAUAAAUAAGGUGAUGGAGCAGUUUCAUCACAAGAAAAUUGACAUCUUGAAACUGGAGAUGGUGGGUGGCGAUGCAACUCUCUGGGAAGUGCUACAUUUUAUGAUCAUGGAUCAUAUAUUGCAGAACGUGAAGCAGUUAUUUGUGGUGGUCAGUAUUGACAAACUAGAUGAUGAUUAUCUAUACAGCUGGUACAAGGCUCUCCAUGAGCUGUUCUACCGUGAAGGAUUCCGCCUCUACCAUACGGCAGCAUCACAUAAUCUCUGCCUACAAGUGACAAUGAUGCAGUCUUGCAUGUAUUACCUAUCAUGGGUGCGGGAUCCUGGACCACAGUAUUUCGUCCUGCAUCCACCGGCUGAUUUCGGUACUUCAGAGCUUGAAGAGAGUCGUCUGCUUGGGUACAUGCACACUCAUCAAUCCACACACCAUUGCUCAGAUUUAAUGUAUGUACAGGAUACAGUCAAAGCAGACAAGAAGUACACAUACUGUCCUGCUGCUUUCAAGACUAAAGUAUCCUCUUGUACUGUUGUUCUUGUUAGUGAAUUCAACAGUGAUGCCAUAGACCGCAGUUUACAUGCACAACAAUGUCAAGUUAUCAAUUUUGUAUACCAAAAAACUGCCAGGAAGGAUGCGUCUGAUGUUCUUCACUUUCCCGCAUUUAGGUGGUAUCGGUAUUCCACUAAGUCUAAUAGAAAAUCCCGGCAGCUGUUGACACUGCACGAGGUGUUGAAAAACAUUGGAUCUCAGACACACAUGAGUAUGUUAGUUCUGGAUGUCCCAGACAUUGUCUGGCCAGCUAUCUCGCUACUUCUAGAUAAUGGUGCUCUCAAGAACAUUACCCAAGUCGUCAUAAACAUAAACCUUCCUGACAAAGUUUAUGGAAAGCACCACUCGGUCUUGCGGAAAGAGUACAGUGAACUCCAGAGAUUAGAGGCAUAUGGCUUUAGGUUGUUCUACAGCGAAGAACUGCAAUCAUAUACUCCAGCCCCCAGUGGAGAACAUUGUUGUUAUCAACUAGGUUAUGUGCGAUUUGACGCUGGAGCACUUAUUUUUUCAUAGCUACAUACAUGUAGAACAGAUUGCAAUCUCUGUAUUUUUUGGUAUGAAUUAUACUUCAACAAACAAUAAAGGCAAUGGAAAUAACACCACUACGUGUAUGGAUAGGCAGCCUUGUGGGGAAAAAAUGUCUCUCUUCAGGCUCAGUGUUGGUUGUGAUGGCAUGUUAUACUGAGCAACAUCAUUUGGCUACUUUUUGAAAAAAAACCCAGAGAUUCACCAUAAGAGGAAAAGAUUUAAUCUGGAAGAAGUGACAUUGUCAGGUCAAUGAAAUUUUUUCUAGUUCUUUUAGGACUGAUAGAUAUACCCUUUUAUUUUUACAAGUUUACAAUUGUAAAUGAUAAGUAUUGCUGUAACUUUAUUGUGUUGUAAAUGGUUGUUUUUGUCGUUUUAUUGUCAAGUGUUCCCUCUUGUUCAAAGAACAUGAAAUACAUGUACACUGGCACUUAUGUGCAAGUGCAACUGUUUGAAGACCAUAUUUUAGAUCAUUUUCAUUCUGCCUGAUAGUUAAUUUUCUGAAAUGAUACUUAAUUAUGAAGUUUUUGUGGUGCUUUUUAUUUUGAUAGAUUUCAUGUGCGAUACUUGCAUGUACAUGUACAUGCAGUUAUUCAAAAGUAUUGGGCUUGGUUCUUGAGUUGAGGAAUCAUGCUCUCAUUUUUCCCCUGCAGAUUGAAGGUGACCAUCUACUUUUGAGAAGGCGACAUCAGAUAAAUAAUCAGUCAUUGUACAUGCACUUAACACUGGUUGAAUGCACGUCAUAGGCCUAUAUUUACCAUGGUAACCAUGUACUGCAUUCAAUUUUAUUGUCUAACUGUUGUCUUUUUAUUGAAGAAUUUAGAAGAGAAAUAAAUUAUU